AUGUCUCAAAUACCUCAACCGAUGCACGAAGUCAAUGACUUGAAUCAAACAACUACAUCAAAAGAAAUACUUUCUAAAAUGAUAGUUUAUAAUGCCCUUCGUUCAAAUGAUAAUAAUUCGUCUAAUUCAACAGAUUCGUCUCUGGCAAGUAUCACUGGAAUUAAGCCUUCUACUGAAAUACUUUCAUCAUUUCAAACUCUGGAUCUUUCAACACUUUCUCAAUCAUAUGCCAUUCUAUUAAUCAUUAGAAAAUUCAUUGUUCAGGGUGGGUGCCCAUUUUGUAAUAGAAGAAUGACUCAAAUCAAUGAAUGGAGAAGAUCAUUAUUGCAAUUGGGAAUUGUUCCGGUCAUUCUUCAUUCUGAAAGUGUUCAAGAUGGAAAUUUGUUUUUCAAAGAACUUGUUAAUCCUCAACUCAGAGAUAUUUGGAGAGUUUCAGAUCCUUCAUAUGAAAACACCAUUCAAUUUUGCAAAUCAUCUGAUUCAGGAACAACUCCAUUGCAAUUUGUGGAUUAUGAUAAAUUUUAUCCCAUUAAGAAAAUUACAAAACUCGUUCCAGUGUUAGCACAAGGUUACUUUGAUCCUGCUGACAGAUAUAAAUUGGAAAAGGGCAUGAAAAUUGAUAAGAGUUCAUUGGAAGUCAAGGCAAGAAUAUUAUUGAUUAAGAAUGAUAAGGUGAUCAAGACAUGGGAUCAUGAAAAACAUGAAAAUGCACCUGAUGUGCUUUCAGAUGUGAUUAUGAGAUUAGAUUGGUUGCCAAGAGAAUUAAGCAUUGGAGAUUUCGAAAGUGAGAAUGAAAAUAAGGUUGAAGAUGAACCACAUAAAGAAUCUUCUGAUACAAAUCCAGAUCAUGUCCAAGUUUCAAUAGAUGAUGAAGAAAAUGAUCCAAGCAAAUAUUCAACUCCACCAAAUUCCAUGAAUUUUCUCAAUCAAGACAUCAAUCAAAAAGACAAUCAAACCAAUGAGGAAUUAAUUGAAAUUGAACCAAACUCUCCAACAUCCCCAUCCUCUCCCACCAAAACCCUUAAUUCCUUAUUGGACACUCUCCAUACCAACAUUGAUAUUUACAAGAAGGAAAAGAGCAGAAAAUUUGAAUUUAAGAAAAUUUCACCACAACAACAGCAAGAAGAAUUGAAAGAAAAAACUGAAAAAGCAAAACAAAAAUUUAAUGAUUUCAAAGCUAAGAAAUCAAAGGAAUCAAUUGGAUGCUUUGCAGUGAGAAGGGGUGAUUCUGAUAAAAAAAGUCAAGCAGUUUCUUUGGAAGAUUUGGGGCAGAGCGUUGGAUCUUUGGGGAGACUAAUCCAAAGUGAAAGAAAGAGAAAGUAUUUGAAAUUGUUUAGUGCAAGAGAGUAUAAUGUGGAAUCAGUGUUGUUUUGGGAGGAUAUCAACUUGUUUUAUAAGAAAUUAUUCACAUGUUCAAAGCUUUCGAAUAGAAAAAAGGAGAAAAUUGUUGAACAUUCGAAUAGAAUUGCUAAAAGCCACUCAUCAAUUACUUCAUUUGCUGCUGAUGAAGAAAUACAACAAGUUUCUAAUAACAAUUAUCAUCAUCAUCAACCAAGAACGACAAUAUUAGAAAACAAUAACAUGAAAGAUAAAUCAUCAGAAAUUGCAGUAUCUUCUUCCAUCAUUAUAACUUCCGAUCAACAUCACCAAAAGGAAACUAAACUAAUCGAAACAAUAUUAUUCAAUCAAAUUCCUUCCGAAAUAAUAGAAAACCACAUUCUUCCCUACUUGGACGAAAGAUGGCUCUGGAAAAUUGGCAAUAGAAUUUCCAAAGAGUGGAAUCUUUUAAUUUCGUCUAUUCCAUGUAAUUUGAGAAUGAUUUUCGAGGAGGGAACUCAUAUAAAUAGUUUUAUAGAAUGUUGUAAGAGUGGAAGGUUUCGUUCCAUCACCUCCUUGACGAUUGGUGGGAAUUUAUUACCACAAUAUUUGAAAGAUUUGGUUGAAUGUGAAAAAUUGGAAUCUUUGGAAAGUUUGGAUAUUGGAUUUCAGAUUGGAAAUGCUGGACCCAUAAUUAUUGGAAAUUCUAAAAUUCCCAAUCUGAGAAAGGUUAAUUUUAAUGGAAAUAAGAUUGGAUGUGAUGGAUUGAGACAAUUAUCGAAAGGGUCUUCAUGUAAAAAUUUCAAGUAUUUGUGUUUGAAUGAUAAUUGGAUUUCAGUGAAUGGAAUAAUGUUUCUUUCAAAUUCGAAUCUUUGUAAUUUGAGUUAUUUGGAUUUGAGUGGAAAUAACCUGACUGCUGAGGCAUUGAAAUUUCUCUCUACUGGAAAGCUUUCUCUUUUGGUUUCACUGAUAAUGCAGAGAUGCCAUAUUAACAACCAGGGAAUUACUCAUUUAGUGAGUGGAAAUUUGCAAAAUUUAACAGAACUCGAUUUACAAGACAAUAAUAUCCAAACGGAGGGAGGAAAAUCAAUAGCUAGAGGAAACUUGCAGCAACUAAUCAUUCUCAAUUUGGGAAAGAAUUACAUUUCGAUGGAGGUUGCUUCUGAAAUAUUCACCAAGCUUACAACACUGAAGCAGUUCGAGUGGAAUGAAAAAAAGAAAUAA